AUGGUGGAACUUCCGCCAGGUUUUCGCUUCUACCCAACAGAAGAAGAGCUAGUUUCCUUCUACCUGCAUAACAAGCUAGACGGGAAGAGACAGGAGCUACACCGUGUUAUCCCUGUAAUUGACAUUUACAACAUAGAGCCAUGGAACCUCCCAAUGCUUGCAGGAGAACGGUGUCGAGGAGACACUGAGCAAUGGUUCUUCUUCACACCAAGACAAGAAAGAGAAGCUAGAGGAGGGAGACCCAGCCGUACUACAGCAUCUGGGUACUGGAAAGCCACUGGCUCCCCUGGUUAUGUUUACUCAUCCGAUAGCCGAGUGAUUGGAGUGAAGAAAACCAUGGUUUUCUAUAAGGGGAAAGCUCCUGCAGGCAGAAAAACCAAAUGGAAGAUGAAUGAGUAUAGAGCAAUAGAAGGAGUAGCAGACUCAUCCAGUACUAGCGUUCCUAAGUUGAGACAUGAAUUCAGUUUAUGUCGUGUCUAUGUAAUAUCGGGAAGUUUUCGAGCAUUUGACAGACGUCCAAUAGAAGCUGCAGCAGAGUACGCUCAGCUUCCUGGUGAAGCAGCUACAACAGCUGCUCAAGCCACUAGAAUGGUGGAAAACACAAGCUCCACUGAGAAUUCAAACUCAGGAGGAGAUCAUGUUGAUCCCCCAGGGACAGAAGGAAGUGCCCACUGGGAGAUGGUUAAUGAUUUAGUACAACCACCUUGGGACUGGGAACGACUGAAAUGGCCUUGAUCAGUAGCAUAAGAAGAUUCACAGCCCCACUGCACACUCCUACGGAGCUUUCUAUGCUAGAGCAGACAAAACAUGAUUAUAGCUUAACUUCACAAGUAGUGAAUUUUUUUUUCCUUAAUUGUAAAUUAAGGAAAUGUGAAAUAAUUGAAAAAAGAAAACAAAGUGGAAGUGCAACUUAUGUCAUCUUACGUAAAUUUGAUUUUA